UUCCUGAAUGGAAUGGGCACGGCCUUCCCAAAUGUGCUUUAUUGUCACUACAAUUUUACAAGGGUAUAAUGUUCCCUCAGUCUAAAGGUGAAAGUGACAGUCAUUGUUGACAGACCACAGCACACCAAACUGAAACCAAAUUAAACACUGACGGGUACACGUCCCAUGAGCAAAUCCCCGUUUCUUCUCGUUUCGUUCUUGCCAGAUGUUACACAUCUGUUGCAGCCCGUCAUGGAGAAGUCUGUUCUCGACCGCGUUAUCGAUGCUCUAGAUGGCCUCAGCGCAGACAAUUUCAAGCGAUUUAAGGUGAAACUGUGCGAACCGAGAAUAAUCAGGUAUGGGCAAAUUGAGGAGGGGUCUACAGUGGAUGUGGCACAAAGAAUAGUCAGUGUAUUUACCAAAGCUGCAGCCGUGAGUCGGACUGCGGACGUGCUGAGAGCCAUUGGCCUGAACGAAGAUGCAGAGGCGCUGGAGGAGGAAGAUGCUGCAGUCUGCAGUGCUGUAGGAGGGGAAGUGAAUCCUGGGGAGGCGGGAAAGAUGGGCGGGGCUUCAGGCCACGUGGUAAAUGGGAAACAUUUUGUUGACAGGAACAUGACUGCCCUGAUCAACAGGGUCUCCUUGGUGCCUCCGAUUUUAGACCAGCUUUAUGAAAGUGGAUUCAUGCAGCAUGAACUGUACAUGGAAAUUUGUGAUGAGAAAUCCUCCUUCAAGCAAAUGAGGAGCCUGAUGCUCAAAGUCAUCAUGCCUGGUGGCAGCCGAGCCAAAGACGAGCUCUGCAGGAUAUUAGAGAAUCAACAGAAAUAUCUAAUGGAGGAGCUGAAAGGACAGUGAAACUGUCUGGAUCGACUCAAGAAAUAAAAGGUGGCAUUGUAGACAGAUAUAGGUUAUUAUGGGGGUCUGGUAGAUGUAUGACAUGCAGCAGAGGAGAGCCUGUAACUGGCUGAAAUACCAAACUUUCAGACCCCCAAUAAAGGAUGUGUUUCCUAAACUAAAGAUCCAGGUGGUCUUUAAAAAACCCAACAAAACUCUAUAUUUUACUAUUAUGUUAAUAAAGCCAAACCAAAUUAGAGCAUUUGGAGUAGAACAUGGUAUGGAACACUUCUUUCUCAAUUGAUCUUUUCUGUUGCUGAAUAAUGAAAUUUUUGAAUGGA